AAUGAAGAAAUAUGUCAGCAUGUUUUAUGUGUCAGGCAGUGUCUUCCUUUAGAUUCUCUAUAUUAGGUCUGAAUUGACGCGGGUUGACUCAAUGUGGCGCCCUGACAAUAAUGCCUCACCAUGUUUUUAAUCACUUACACUCUUACAACUGUAAACACUGCUGUGGUUGUGUAGUUGAAGUUGUCACCACACAAGCAGCCUGGCUUCUGUCACGCUCGUCUGUGGAAUAAAUAGUCCACCCAGUCUCUGGCAUCUUCAGCUGUCUCAUUCCAGGGGGGCUCAGCCUCUAAACAACACUGAUACUCCGCUCAGAUGGAAAACAGAGCGAGCUGUACCAAUAAGGUUGGGGUUUACUGUAGUUCCUUUCCAAAUGCUUACAAGAAGAAAGAACUAGGAGGAGAGCAAUAAUAACCUCUCAAAUUUUCCAUCCAGGAACAUCAAGUAUUUGGGAAAAUUAUCAAACUGUUAUCCAUGUGUUGAGUUGAAUAUAAUUUGUGAUAAUUAUACGAGUGAAAGAUGCAGAUAUGAGACCAGAGGAGGAGCCAGAGUAUCAAACACCACCCACCUGCGAUCUGCUCAGCCUUCUGCUGAAGAACAGACGUCCCACUGGAGCUGUCAACGAGGUUUGGCCCAACCUCUACAUUGGAGACGCAGCUACAGCUCAGCAUAAAACCCUGUUAGCGAAUCUGGGAAUAACACAUGUAGUGAAUGCCGCAGAUGGACCCCAGCACAUCGACACCGGGCCACAUUUCUACAAAGAUACAAACAUACAAUAUCAUGGAGUCGAAGCACCAGACUGUAAAGAUUUUGACCUGAGCCCAUUCUUCACUGAGACGGCUGAUUUCAUUCAUGGUGCUCUGAGUCAGAAAGGUAAAGUCCUCGUCCACUGUGCACGAGGAAUCAGCCGCUCAGCGACUCUGGCACUGGCGUUCCUCAUGAUCAAAGAAAGACUUACCCUCGUAGAAGCUGUAGGCGCUGUUCGCAGGCACAGAAACAUUCUUCCAAACGUUGGAUUUCUGAAUCAACUCUGUCACUUGGACACUUCCUUGGCACUACAGAGGAAAACAAUGUAACAUUAAGCAGUGAAGGAACAGAACCUGUAAGACCUUGGAGAGACCAUUGGGAUUGCCUGUUUUGACUCUUCAUAUUACAUGUAACCACUUUGAAGACUGCCUUGUUUUAGAUUUGUUCUACCUUCCAGGCAGCCUUUGGCAGUAUAGCUGUUAUACUGAACAGUAGCAGAACCAAGAUGCAAACACAAACCAGAGACCAGACCCAACAGACCUUUUUCACAGCAGCCAUUUUGACAUGAAAGUAGUAAAG